GUUUACACGGGCGCCCAUGCUGCAACGGACUCGCUUCGACGACCAUGUGCACGUUGUCUCCAAAAUCCGUAUUCAUUACGGGUGCCAAUAGGGGUUUGGGGCUGGAAUUUGUGAAGCACUUUCUGCGUCUAGCGAAUCCCCCUACCCACCUGUUCGCAGCCUGUAGACAGCCGGACCAGGCCACGGAGUUGACGCAGCUAGCGAGCGAAAAUGGAAGUAUUCGCGUGGUAAAGCUGGACGUGAGGCAGGACGAAGAAAUCGCUGCGGCUGUGGCGGAGGUGGGGAAAGUUGUUGGGGAUGAUGGACUCAAUCUGCUGCUGAACAACGCCGGUGUCAACCAACAGGAACAAGGCAUCGAACCACUGACACGGGAGAAGAUGAAUUAUCACUUCGACUGUAAUGUUACUGCUCCACUGUUGAUUUGUAAAGCGUUUCUUCCCACACUGAGACGAGCUGCGGACAAGACAGAGUUCAGCUGCAGCAGAGCGGCCAUCAUCAAUCUCUCUUCUACCUUGAGCCUUAUCAACUACGUCAAUAAGAUAAACGAUUUCCGCUACCCUUACAACAGCUCAAAGUGUGCCCUCAACAUGGUGACCGAUGUUCUCGCGAGAGAAGUUUCCCCGGACGGGGUGUUGGUGGCUGGGAUCCACCCCGGGUGGGUCAAGACCGACAUGGGAGGUCCUAACGGAAUGAUUGAUAAGGAAGAAAGUAUUUCCAAGUGUAUGAAUACAUUUGCAGCGAUGAAUAAAGAUUCGUCAGGGUUGCUGCAUUCAUACACAGGAGAUAUCUUUGAUUGGAAUUCCGGGCCCUAGUCAAAUGCAACUAUGUGAUUUGCCUGAAAGUGAAGUGUAUCAUGCAAAAGGUUGAUAGGUUAUGGAAAAAAAAUAUCAUAACGCUUCAGUUCGUUUACCUUGUCGAAUAAGCAUUAUAUUUCAAUAUAUAUUCAAAUAAUCGGAUUUGGGAGCAUUCAUUUUUUUGAAAAUUCAACCAAACUGUUCCUUUUUUCACCACGGUCAACAAACUGUAGAUUUUGGCCAUAUUACGGAACAAACUAUCUAUUUAAACAAGCCCCCGCCCCACCACAUCAAAAGAAAUCAAAUGGAUAUUUCUGAUUCUGAUUCUAAGUAUCCUCUUUUAAUCCUCUGGAUAAGUUUCUGAGUUGUGCUGUAAUAUACUUAUUGAUGCAGGAUGAGAAUCAAUAUCAAACAAUAUAAAGUAUACGUGACAUCUUCUGAAUGGACCACGUACUGGUUAGUUGAGAUUCCUUUUUAUGAACAGAUGAAUAAAUGUGGUUCCAAUCUGAAA